UCAUGUUAUUCAGGACCUGUCAGACGGUAGGAAGGAGCUGUCUGUCCUUGAGCAGGUUUAAAUACAGUGUCAUUAGUCAGUGAGCAAGCACGUGACUAUACAUGGUACUUCUGGGCUUACAGUCCUCUUUUCGAGCGGUUUGAGCAUGUCGAUGGGUGGCUGUGGUGGAUGAGAUGAGACGCGUUACACGCGUUUUGGAAGGCAGUGGUGGCUUGGCGUCGCCAGACGUAUACGAUAGCGACGACGCUGCUGGUGCUCCAGAUGAUCUAACGCAGUGGAGGACUCCAAAUACGACGCGUAUACUCGACAAUCAGUUGUAUACUUUGCAAAAACGACUCGCUGAGAGGCUAGGGGUAUUUGGGUCCUCAGGGCGUGUGUGCGUGACUUCUGGAAGCCGAAAUACCUGCCCUGGGGUACCUGGCACCGCCAUCUCUCUGUCAGAGGGAGGGCUGGGCCCGAUAUGAGUUGUGAGUUGCCUUAUUAGGCGCUUUAGGUGUGAUUUCUAACAAAAAUUGAAUUGUUUUGAAGGGUACCAUGCCGUCUGCGCGGAGAGACUGCCGGAAUAUAUACUUAUUGCUCUAAAUCGACAUUAGAAGACUAUAGUGUUCAUCUUUACCAUCUUAGCUUUCUUUCUAGCCCGCUAAGCUACGGGGAAGUAGAUGCUGUCGCGAGCAAACAAGGGGGUAUAAGAGGAGAGUCGAUGGACAGCACUAACAGGACGAGCGACAGCGUGGUCAACAACACGCUUUUCGGGGUUAGAGGUCG